GAAGAAUAUAAUCGGAUGGGUAUUCCAAACAACUAUUGGCAGAUUAGUGAUGUAAACAGAGACUACGGAGUCUGUGACUCCUAUCCUACGGAAGUGUAUGUACCAAAGUCUGCAACUGCACACAUCAUAGUGGGGAGCUCUAAAUUUCGGAGCCGAAGGCGUUUCCCAGCUCUUUCCUACUACUGCAAGGAUAACAAUGCCUCCAUAUGUAGAAGCAGCCAGCCUUUAUCUGGAUUUAGCGCUCGAUGCCUUGAGGAUGAACAGAUGCUCCAGGCCAUUAGAAAAGCAAAUCCAGAAAGUGAUUUCAUAUACGUUGUUGACACUCGGCCCAAACUCAACGCAAUGGCAAACAGGGCAGCGGGGAAGGGAUAUGAAAACGAAGACAACUACUCCAACAUCAAGUUUCAGUUCAUAGGCAUCGAGAACAUCCAUGUCAUGAGAAACAGUCUGCAGAAAAUGCUCGAAGUUUGUGAGCUGAAAUCGCCUUCAAUGAGUGACUUUCUCUGGGGCCUAGAAAAUUCUGGCUGGCUGAAGCAUAUCAAAGCCAUUAUGGAUGCUGGCAUUUUUAUUGCAAAGGCUGUGGCUGAGGAAGGUGUGAGUGUGCUUGUUCACUGCUCUGAUGGCUGGGAUAGGACAGCCCAGGUUUGCUCUGUAGCGAGCCUUCUAUUGGAUCCAUAUUACAGAACUAUGAAGGGAUUCAUGGUGUUAAUUGAAAAAGACUGGGUUUCCUUUGGUCAUAAAUUUAACCACAGGUAUGGCAAUUUAGAUGGAGAUCCGAAGGAGAUAUCCCCUGUUAUUGACCAGUUCAUCGAGUGUGUUUGGCAAUUAAUGGAACAGUUUCCUUGUGCCUUUGAAUUCAAUGAGAGAUUCCUUAUCCAUGUACAGCAUCACAUCUAUUCGUGCCAGUUUGGGAAUUUCCUGUGUAACAGCCAGAAGGAGAGACGAGAGCUGAAAAUCCAAGAACGAACAUAUUCUUUGUGGGCUCACUUAUGGAAAAAUCGUGCCGAUUACCUGAAUCCCUUGUACAGAUCAGACCGUGGUCAAACCCAAGGGACCCUACACCCACAGAUGGCUCCAUGCAACUUCUUGUACAAGUUCUGGAGCGGUAUGUACAACCGCUUUGAAAAGGGGCUGCAUCCUCGACAGUCGGUUACUGACUAUCUGAUGGCAGUGAAGGAAGAAACGCAGCAGCUGGAAGAAGAGCUGGAGCUCUUAGGAGAGAGACUGGCGAAUCUUCAGAAAUCACAAUUAAAUGACAAUAAAGUCAAGAGUAAGCAACAAGACCGAAGCAAACAGUUAGGGCUUUCGACUUCCAACAACAGCUUAGCUAACACUCCCCAGGAGUACAGCAACGAUCUGAAAUCAUUCCCAUCCCGGAGCCCUUCUCAAGGGGAUGAGGAAGAUUCAGCCCUGAUUUUGACACAGGACAACCUGAAAAGCUCUGAUCCUGACCUCUCAGCUAACAGUGACCAGGAGUCUGGUGUGGAGGACCUAAGCUGCAGGUCCCCAAGCGGGGGUGGCUGCUUGCCUAGUGAAGACAGUGGGAAGGAUUCAGAUGAGGCUGUAUUUCUGGCAGUCUGAAACACCUUCACAACAGCAAGGAUCCAGAUGAAGUCAAGUGUUUCACACCCUGGAAUGACAUCUUUUCAUCAGAUGAAGAAUAGGAGCGGUCUGUGGCCUAAAGAAAUAAUCCAAAGAAAGGGAACUGUGCAAUUGUGUAAGUAAAGAUCUAAGCAGAACAAGCCAUUAUUAGUUUUAAGACAUACUGCUAAAGAAAGGUAAUAUCUGCCGUUGUAUUUAGUUAAGCCAAUGUGGUAUUUGUUUUAUCAAUGCUGUAGAUAAUUAUUCCUUACUUUGCACAUUUCCAUAAUUAUUUAUUGUACAAAAUAAUAGUUCUUCUCCAAAGACGUGAAAUUCCAAAGUACUCUCUUACCCAUAAGGAAAAGGUUAAAGAUUCAUUGGUGUUAGCCUUACUGGUGAAUCGGUCAAGACUUAUUUUUGUAGAGCUCUUUUGCCUUCAGACAUAUUGUGUAUAUUCUUUUUGUUUUUCAUGGGAAGGUGUCAAGUUUUGAACUCCAACAAUUAUUUUGCAUAUUCUCCUACUAGAAUCCUUUACUGCAAAGUAAAGCUAACAAAUGGGCAUGCUUGCUUAAGGGAGAAAGGAAGCUUUGACCCUGCAAAAAUAUCCUUUAGUAAGCAGCUGCUGCUGCACAUGAAUGCAUCCUGUUUGGCCUCAACUCUCAACCAGUGUUGAAAGUUCAGAGGUUUCUGUGAGCAAAAUGUCAAGGAAUCUAACAGUACUUACGCAGCCCCCGUGGCAAAGCACCCCUUUAUAAUGAAAGGUAUGUUAGGCAGUAUACUCUAACCUCUUUAUGUUUUGUUCUCAAGUUUGAUUGUUUAUACAUUGCCCUCGUUCCAAACUGCCUCCAUACGAUAUGAAGGUAAAAUUUUAAAGGUAAUAAACCCCCAAAUUCUCCAGCCUAUUUUGCUUCCCACUUGAAAAUGUUUUAUUUAGGUACAUAUACAGUAGCUACUAGGGAAUCCAAAAUCACUUACAAACCUCACUUACGAAAGCAUCACACCAAAUUCAGAAUUAAAGGAAGGUUAUGCCCAUAAAGUAACUGUUAUAAAAGAGUAUUUUUUCCAAGUUUUACUGUAUAACCACAACCAAGGGUUUUUUUAGCCUCACAUGAAAUUUCCCUUUCUAGUAUUUGCCAACCUGAACAGAGCAUGGUGGUGCUAAUUUAAAAAAAAAGACUGAUUCACCACAACAAAGUUUAAUCUCAUUUGGUUUAAGAAUUUUCAUAGUUUUUAAGAGUAGGAAUAAUAGCUGUCAUGGGUAUGGAAGUAAAUCACUGAAAAAUGUUUAAAAUUUGGGAUAUUUUGAAACUCACUAAAAAGCUUUCCAUAUCAGGAUGUUAAUUCUUCCAA